UCUAUAAUAUUACAGUAUUUCACUAUCACACAAGUAAUCAGAUAGAAGAAAGCUUAGUGUUUAGCAUAUCAGCAUAUAUUUGUACAAUGAAAAGUCACACUCCACCAAAAGAAGAUCAAAAACCAUUGCUUGGAGCGGAGCAAACUGUUGACUUUCAGGAUGAAACAAUUCCCCCAAAUUCUCCAAUUACAAACUUGACAAACAAUUUUCAAAAUGACAGCUUUGAGUCUGAGAAAGCAGAAUCAAAUGAAAAACUUGAUCAGUUUUUUGAUAGUUAUAUUGACAGUACUUCUCAGGAAAAUACCAGAGAGUCACAUGUGUGUUCGGACUCUGUUUCAAAAUGUGGAGAUGAGCAGCAUUCAACAUCAGCACCAAAGAGUACACGGAUCAAUUCAUAUUUACCUGUUGCAAAUAACCAGAUUCCCGAAUCAUUGUUUCACCAACUUCAAAGUGACUCUUCAUCAUUGGCCACGCUUGUUACAGAGAAAAGGAUAUCAGAUUCUAGAAGAACUUUCUGUUUAUUUGUCUUAUUUGAUUUGAUUUUAACAUCAUUAUUAUGGCUGCUUAUGUGUGGGACCAGUGCCAAUUCUGAAUAUACAUUUUUUGUAAUUGUUGGAAAACAGAUCAGUGAAUACACAGUUAAUGAUUCUUUAUUCGAUGUCGUGUGUCUUGCUUUUCUACGGUUUACAUUCUUGGAGUUGAUGUAUGCAGUGUUGAGAAUUAAGCAUUGGUGGCCUGUGGCUCUCAGCACAUCUGUAACUGACAUUUUAUUAAUAUUAAAAAUAUUUCCUAUAUUUCAGGCUUCUGGUACAGCAACAUAUUUGAGUAGAGCUAUUCCGAUGACAAUAGUAAUUUUAUUGACAAAUUUUAUACUUUCGUGGAUCGAAGUCUGGUUAAUUGAUUUUAAAGUUCUUCCUGCGGAAGCAAAAUUAGCACAGAGAACUGUCAGGCAAUUUAUUCAAAAUCAACAGUCGUUAUCAUAUGGUGGCAAUGACGCAGAUCUUGGUGAACGUGCACCUUUAUUAAAUGGUCAUCAAAGGGGUUUCACUCCACCGCAAUCGUAUUAUACCGGAGCAACCUCUGACCAUUUGUCAUAUCAUUCAGUAUUAGAAUCUGAGUUUGAAAGACCCACAAGUAGAUUGGCUCAGCUACACAAGGCAAGGCCGAUAUCACGCGAAGAACAAAUGCACAUUGAAAAGGGAAAAGGUGCAUUGAACCAGUUAUGGUGCAUGUUUAGAAAUGAAGAAAUUUGGAAACUUGAUAAAGAGCUGGAAAAUGGGGAUAAACUUUACACUGCUGAUAUCCCAAGUUACGGAAAAACAUUUAGAAUUGAUACAACUGUCUAUGGAGUUUCAGCUCAACAAAUAUUUCAGGAAAUCAUUCUGAAAGCAGAAACUAUGCCAACUUGGAAUAAAGCUGUUGAUGAUGUCAAGAUUCUUAGACGAAUUGGUGAACAAACAGCCAUAUCUCUUGAAGUAUCAAAGCCUGCUGGUAAAGGAUUAAUUCAGAGUAGAGAUUUCAUAACGGUUAGACGGGUUGACAAAAUUGAAAAUAUGUACAUCAGUGCUGGUGUUUCAACUGAAUAUGAAAUCCCAGAGACUGGUAGAAUAAGGGGCGUUAAUGGACCAACAGGAUUUAUAGUCGAACCACUCAACGUUGGGUAUAAUUCUUGCAAGUUUACAUGGAUAUUGAAUACAAAUUUAAAAGGUUCAUUACCUCAGUAUCUUGUGAAUAGUAAUUUAGCAGCAACUAUGAUUACGUUUGUGUCUUCAAUGAAGGAAUUUCUUGGAGCUGAGUAAUUCGUACUUGCAGUUGCAACUGUACUAAAAGAAAAGUCGUGUUUGUGCAAGUCCUUUAAUAUGUGAUCAUGUGGACAAAACUACUUCAAUUUGGCAGAUUCUGUGUUAUGGAUUCUUGAAUUAUGUUUCUAACUAUUAUAUAGUUAUCUAUGAUAUUAUCUGUAUGUACAUUGGACUACUGACUCUGUGGAAGUUAUGAACGAAUAUUCAUGUCAGUGCCUCAUGACCAAAAUGGUGCUGAUCUCUCUUUUUUUUGUUUCGUAUUGUGCAAUGUCAAAAAAAUAUUGCUUCCUAUGUUCAAACUAUUGCACUACUGGUACUGUAUUUUCUAAGUUUACCAGACUCGCUGGGUAAUUUGAAAUACAUUAAAAAUAAUUUGUAGUAGUUGGGAUAUUCAAAAUUAUAAUAUGGGCAUCAGAAAGAAGUAAAUUAUCCACAAAGAACAUACCGUUGAUUAAAUUUUAACUGUUUAGUAUAAAAUUGUUCUGGAAAUAUUACAAUAUACCAAAUUUUUGAAUAUUUUGUCAUUAUAUUUUGUUUAGCGACUAAUUUGGCUUAAUUUAAAUGCCAGUUGAAAAAGUUAGUUUUCUGUUAUAAAAUGAUUAACAAGAUAGUAAUAUUUUUUUCAUUAAAUCAAGUGCCAUCUACCAUUCCCAUUCCGAAUAAUUAAAUUUGUUAUAGGUGAUACGACAAUCGGUCUUAUUUUACCUAUGAAAUUCCUUUUAAAUGCGAGUGCUUUUAUAUUUGCUUACUUUUACUUUUGUUGCAUACACGUAUGUCCUAUUACUUAUGUAUACAUGUUUUCUCUAUACUAUACUGCUCAUACAAGUUUGAUUUGGGAAUGGGACUUCACUAAAAUAAUAUUGUAUAGUGAUGGAGUGUAUUUCUUCAGGUUUAAAUCAAGUAUAUCUAUGUCUGUUUUUGUUAAAUUUUUUGCAACAAAUCCUAAAAAUACACUCGGAUUGGUAACAUAGAAUCUUUAGUAAAUAAAACAAAAUCGAAAGAUGAUCUAAGCAUGUGCUUGGAAUCAAACACUACACUAAAAUAGCAAAAAAUUACAUUUUAAUACAGUAUGAAAGCUGAUGGCAUGACUUUAGUGUUGUAUUUUUUUUAUAUAAUUCUGUUGAAUUGUGUUAUGUAUGAGCAAAAAAAGUUGUCACAGGAGUAUUAUUAUAUUUUAUUAUGACUGCAUCUUUCUAUACCCUACUGUUGCUGUACAGCUAAGUGAAAUACUGUUAUUAAAUUUUUUGUAGUCAAACUUGUACCAAAUGUUGAGUUAAUUCUUUUUGUUUCAUGUCUAAUUAAUAAAUGCUACAUGUGUAUAACUCGACAACAGGUGUUCCAACACUAAUUAUCUCAUUUACCCUUUGAAAAGUAAAAUUUACCCCCUCAACUGUGUAUGUACGGUCUAUUCCUGUAUGUUCCAAGUGAACUAUGGAAAGGGGGACACUAGGCUAGAGUGCUAGACAGUCUCUCUGUGUUUGUCCACAUACUUUCAUACUUGCUAAAUUUUCGCCUGAUGCAAGUCAAUUUUAUCCUGGUUGAGAACUCCUGCUCUAAGGUUUGAGUUUUACUCUGUUGUGCUUCGUUGAAAAACCAUUUAUUUGGUUGAGUUGCCUUUCUGGUUGUUAUUAUUGUUAACUCAGAAUGGUGUGUAAAAAUAAUUAUGUAUUUGUUCGAUCCUGGAUUGUUGUUGUCCUUUAAGUUCCACUACCUUUAAAGGUAGUUCGUGAUUAUGUCUAAUCAGUGAUUAUUUGUUUUUAUUUCUAUAUCUUUAAUAAAGUGAAAAUGAAAAAUAUUAAUUACAUGGCGGCUUCACAUAUAA